AAUGGAUUGAGAAAGUCCGGAACAGUGAAGGAGCACGGGUUCCGAACAAGGCCGUUCAUGUGUUGCUCGCUUGCCGUGUAAGUGGAAACGGAGCCGUUGUUGCGGAGCAUCUGGUGCUAUUAAGAUCAACCGUGCCGGCUUUGAUAUAAUCAUCUCGGUUGUUCUCAUAUAUGUACUCUCUCAAGACUUUUGCUCGAGAGCGCUUCAGUACCUUUAGCUUACCUAUCCAAGACAUUCACCAAGUCUUUCUUGCGGAACAACAAUGGCGGGCGACAAGAAAACAGAUCUCGACAUAUCCGACACGUCGCUCUACCGCUGCGUCGUCGACAAAGCGACCGACACAACUCGCAUUUUGGUCGCUUACCGGUCUAUCACCUUGCUUCCCUCCCACCUUUCCGGUGCUGGCAUAAUCCCACCGGAGGGCUCAGUACGUCUGCCGCUCCCGGUCAGCGGCACAUACGCAACCAAACACAUCCGUCUCCAUGUCGAGAACCUCUACCUCGUGGCAGGGAGCACCUUCGAGUUCCCUGGAAAGACAGUCAUCAUCACCGCCAACCGGGUGGUACUGUUUUCGUCAACCGGUGUGACGCAGGGCGGCGACAGUGUUGUUUUUGACUGCACGGGCGCCAGCGGAGUGACUGUUACGGCCGUUGGUACUCCUGGCAACAAUGGAGAAAAUGGCAAAGAAACCCACAGGUAUGAGAUGACGUCCAUCAUGUCGGGCGAAACGGAAACGAUCUUUAGACCUAGCGCAGCACCCACGGACGGCGGCAACGGGAACAGCGGCGGCGACUGUGGGAGCAGUGGCCAGCCCGCAGGGACACUUGUUCUCAACGCUAGGUCCAUCACACAACUCCCGGACGACAAGGAUCCCAAUCGCCGCUUGGACAUCGUGAUCAAGUGUGCUGGAGGGUCUGGCGGGCGAGGUGGUAAUGGAGGGGCCGGCGGAAACGGCGGCAACGGAGCUGUAGUUCCGUCGGAGGAAGCCUUGAAGCAUUAUGGUUCAGGUGUAAGUGCGGAAAAAGGCGAAAGUGUUAACGGCGCCAAGGGCGGUAAUGGAGCAACCGGCGGGAAAGGAGCAGAUGGUGGCGCUGGAGGUCUCAUUCUCAGCCUCGUUGGACCAUCGCGAGGACAACUGGAGGAUGCUAAUUCCGGAGCCUCACUUGUCAAAAAGGAUACCAGUGGGGGUAAAGGAGGUGAGGGCGGUAACGGGGGCGCAAGAGGAAGUGGUGGAAGUGGCGGCAAAGUCAGAAACAAGGAAGACGGCACCAGAGGCAAUGAUGGCCAGGAAGGCCAGCACGGAGCCAACGGGAAGCCAGGGGCGGACGGGCAUGUUAUCGGUCAGGUCGCCGGUGACAAAGGCGCUGAGCUCCUUCAGUACGAAAAGGCCUUGGCUGAAGAGUGCCGGGCCGAAACCAUGGACGUGGUCCAACUGACCAUGGCGAUGGAGCGCCUCAUGUUCGAGUACUCUAUUCUCCUCAGUGGGUAUGCCGUCACUCCCGACAACCCCGAAGACACCGCAUCGCUGGAACCGUUGAAGAAGGCAUUUCAAGAGACCUUUGACUGGUUGAUGUGCUGCUUCGAUGAUAUUCUCAGCCUAUCGAACCAGGGCUCUUCAUAUUCAUUGCCUGACCCCCAUGGAUCAGCGCCAUACGCAUCCAGUACGGCAUAUCAGGACCUCCUAGCUUACCAGAAAAAGGGCUGGCAAAACUCCACGGAUGUCCGAUCCGGAUUCCUGCAAGUCUUUGUGGCCUUUUGUUCUCGUUGCUCGACUCCUCAAGAGCGGGAUCUCUAUGGCCAGGACGUCAAGUUCAUCUCGCGACCAAACAUCCACCUCACCACGGUGGACGAGGCACUCAAAGCCCUCGAAUCCAUUGAGGGAUCUUACCAGCAGUGCCUGAACGAACUUGGGAAAGUGAUUGGCGAAAAGGAGGUCAAAAGCCGAUCAGAAGCCCAACUCAACAAUGCCGUGAGCGAUGCUGAGAAGAAUAUCGGCGCCCUUCAGAAGUCCACAGCCAGCGGAUACGAAGCCGUUAAAUCCACCCGCGAUGCCGUCCAGGAAGCUCGCAAGGCUCUGCAACAGUCCAUUGAGAAGCUGUGGGAUGCACACAAAUGGGACAUUCCAUCUGACCUGAGCUCUGUAUUGGAAGCCCUCGGCACGGUCUGCCUCUUCGCUCACCCAGGCGUCGGGACCGCUUUCAAGGUCGGCGGUGCCCUAACCAUCGGUCUUGGUCUGCACAAACUGGGUUCCAGCGUAUCUACAUCGCAAGGAACUGUUUCCAAGGAUGCGUUGCACGGCAAAGUGUUGGCGGUAGAGAACACCCUUGUCUCAACAGCCCUCAAGGAAGACAUUACCCAGAAGACCGCAUCGUUGCAGCAGCUCUCCGGCAUUGAUAAAGAGUACGUCAACUCGGUCAUGGUAAAUCGCAAGAACUUUGAGGAGCUGGUCAACACCUACUUCGUGGACGCUUCUCAGCAUGGUGUCACACCGGAGGAGGUGAAACAAGCCCGCAAAGACUUUGACGCCUACGUCGAAGCGGUGCAGCAAUUCCACGCAGCCGUCACGUCGUAUAACGACACAUUCACCUCGCUCGCGCAGGCAGCAGCCACCAAAGCACAAGCCGAGCAUGGGAAAGCGAAGCUGCAAGUCACCAACUUCUCUGACGACAUUCCCGCGCUCGAUCUCUUGACCACACUGUACAGCUCUCUCCAUCACGCUGCCAAGCUCGAGACUCUGCGCAUUCUUUUCGACGCCUCCAGGGCAGCAAGCUGCGUUUUCUUGCGCCGAUGCGAUCUCCUCCGCCAGCUGCUCCCUCUCGGAAGCUGGUCCAACGUCAGUGCCCGCCUCUUGCGUGACGUAACCGUCCCGGCCUUGUACCGCCAAGUGGCAGACUACAAGAGUUCCUUCAACUCCAAGCCACCUGUGCACAUUGACGGCAAAACCAUUUCAAUCACCAUCUCGGGUCCGCACAAAAACCUCGUCGAGCGAUUCCGUGACAGCAGGCGUCUGAGCUUGUUUCUGGACGACGCCUCCGCCACCGGCGCCUAUGACUUCGACAUCAACUGGUACGAUAUCCGCCUAGAAGACCUCCAGGUGUACUUCCACGGAGCAAAAAACACCCGGGCACAACCGAACGUAGACACCCGGAUUAUCGACGUGGAGGUGCAGCUCGGCGGAGUCUUCUUCGUGCACGAUGAGAAAUUCCGGCAAUACACAUUUGAAGUGCCGUCAACGGACGUAACGUUCGAGUACAAGUAUGGCGAUGAGGCGGGCAGGGAGAAGCUGGAGCCCAAGUCGAAGGGCGGCAUCAACAGCGCGUUGACCCAGUUCAGCUUUGCGCUGGGGCAGGUCCAUGACGUGAGUUUGGAUUUUGCGACGCCGGUGAGAAGUCCGUAUAUGCAUUAUGUGUUCACCGUCGGGGACCAUGUCGAGGUCAAGGACGUGGAUGAGAUCGAGAUCAAGAUGAACUUGAGGGUGAGGACGGGUCAGAGGCCGAAGGGAUUCAAGGUUGGGUCGGUGGUUGUCACGCCGUCGGCGUUUUCUGUGCUUGGUUGACCAUCGCGUUUGGAUUUUGAAUAGGCGAAUGGUCGUAAGAAUAAACCGAACACGGA